AUGGUGAUGCUCGAGGUGCUCGAGGGACUGGCGAUGCUAGAGGUUCUCGGCGAAAAAAGGCUAGACAUGGAGAAGAACGUAACAUGCUCCAGUGCAAGGGCCGAGAGCGAGGCAGACACUCAAGAGGCCAUUCUUGAGGCUAAGGUGGAACGACUUGAAACGCUCCUCGCCGAGGAAAUGCGUGCUUCCGAAAGUGCUCGAGAGAUUUGGUCAAAGCGUGAGACCGAGCUCGGAGCAGAGAUAUCUGCGCUUACCUCUCGCCUCGUCAUAGAUCGCCAUGCGUGGCUCGCGAAACCAGCGGUGACGCAAGACGAGAAAGGCCAGCUCCUUGCGAGUGAGACUGUCGUCGAGACUAUGGAAGGAGAAGUAGAGGACGGGGGUUCGGCACCACCCCAUCAGAAACCCGCCGAACCCAAGAAGCCCGUCCCCGAUUGUGAAGUUUGUCGUGCGCGCACAGACGAGAACAUGCCCGGCCAGCGGGUGCUGCGGGGGGGAGAAUCAACCUGUGGAACCGGGCAGGCGGAUGAAGCCCACUUGCGAGAGAAGUGGGCGAGGACCCAAAAGCUAGCUGAAUUGACGGACAGGUUGAUGGCGGCAGAACAGGCCGUAGCAGCCACCGCCGGGAAGACCCCGCAGCAGCAGCCUCACGAAGCAGGGGGCAUGGCGAGCAGGCUGAUGACAGCGGAGUUAGCCCUGCUCGAUACGGAGGCGUGUCUGGUAGAGGUCCAGGGAGAGUUGUCGUCGGAGCGCGAGAACAACGACAAGCUAAAGGAGAAGGCUAACGCGCUCGAGGAGGCCUUAGAAACGUGCAAGAAGGGGCGAGAAGAAGCUGUCCAGCAGGUGUCGAAACAAGGGGAGGUCGAGAUCGCCGCGCUCAAGGCACGCCUGCGUCAAGCGGAGCACGCCCGAGCAAAGGACGAGAAACGGUGGUCGACCAGGGUGGCAGGCCUAGAGAGCGAGCGGGAACAAGCCAGCUGUCUUGCCGAGGGGCUCGAGAAGAUCUUGGUGCAGGAGAAAUCCGCGGCGUCUCGAAAAGAGGCGAGGCUUAGGACUUUGUUCAGGAGGCUUGAUUUUCUGGACUCGGCGGAGCAAGGCACAGUUGACGACGACCCCAACCCGUAUGCUUACAGUCUCCCAGAGUAG